CGGUUCUUGCCCGUUUUGAACCAAACCCAGAAACUUGAGAUUUUAUAUUUAUUUAAAGUUUUAUCGGCAGCCCUAGACUCUGUUGGCGUGAAGUAUUUCUUGGUGGCGGGUUCCUUGUUGGGCUUGAAUCGACACGGUGGUAUUGUCCCUUGGGACGACGACCUCGACAUAUCGGUCAGUCUGGACGCCUGGCGACUGGUCAAGAAGGCUCUGUCUUGUAUUGAAGGGUUCGCGUUAAACAAACUUCACCCUGGACAUUGGAAGCUCCACUACAACGGGCGCUACUACCCGUUCGUGGACAUCUUUUUCUGCAGAAUGGACGAAUCCUACGUGUGGGCCGCUACAUCUUACACGCGGAGAACUUACAUCUACCCGACGAGAUUCGUUUUCCCUUUGGGCGAGUCCAUUUUCGAGGGCAUGAAGUUUCCAGUUCCCCACGACAGUCUGAGUAUAGCAAGAAGAAUUUAUGAAUACGAUAUUUGUUUUGUCCAUCAAGGACACAUGAAAGGUAAAACAAGCACAAACGAUGGCUAUCCUCCUGGAUACUCUAUAACGAGGGUGCCAUGCAAAGACUUAUCAUACAUGUACAAGUUUUAUUAA